AUGUCCGUACUUCCGGAGGUUACAGCUCCUGAAAGAAAGAUACCCUUUCGCCAAAAAAUCUUGUGGACAGCUGUUACACUCCUUAUUUUUUUGGUGUGUUCGCAAAUUCCAUUAUAUGGCAUAAUGUCAUCUGAUUCAUCCGAUCCUUUAUACUGGUUGCGUGUGAUUCUUGCUUCUAACAGAGGUACAUUGAUGGAGUUGGGUAUAACACCUAUUGUAACAUCAGGAAUGAUCAUGCAACUUUUAGCUGGGGCAAAUUUGAUUGAUGUCGAUUUCAAUUUGAAAGAAGAUAGAGCACUAUUUAGUGGUGCUCAGAAACUUUUUGCGAUGGUUUUUGCUUUUGGUCAAGCUACUGUAUCUGUAAUGACUGGGUUAUAUGGUAACCCAUCAGAAAUUGGAGCUGGGGUUUGUCUGUUACUUGUCAUUCAAUUAGUUUUUGCUGGUCUCAUCUCUAUGUUGUUGGAUGAACUACUUCAAAAAGGUUAUGGUUUGGGAUCUGGAAUUUCACUUUUUAUUGCUACAAAUAUUUGCGAAUCAAUAGUUUGGAAAGCAUUUAGUCCAACAACUCUUAAUACAGGUCGUGGUCCUGAAUUUGAAGGAGCUUUGGUUGCAUUGAUCUAUCUACUUUUCACUCGUAACGAUAAAACUCGUGCACUGAAAGAAGCAUUCUAUAGAACAAAUUUACCAAAUGUCAUGAAUUUAAUAUCAACUGUGGUCGUUUUUGCUAUUGUCAUCUAUCUUCAAGGUUUUCGUGUUGAAAUUCCUGUCAAAUCAAAUCGUUUUCGUGGUCAAUAUGGAGCUUACCCUAUAAAGUUGUUUUACACUUCAAACAUGCCUAUCAUGCUUCAAUCUGCUCUUACCUCUAAUGUUUUCUUGAUUUCACAAAUGUUGUAUAAUCGAUUUCCUGAUAACUUUCUUGUUAGACUUUUAGGUGUUUGGACUCCAUUUGAAGGAUCCUCACAACUGUUUGCAUCAGGUGGCCUUGCAUAUUUCAUAUCACCACCACAAAGUAUAAUUGAUGCCAUCAAAGAUCCAAUACACACAGUAAUUUAUAUUGUUUUCAUGCUAUCAGCAUGUGCGCUUUUCUCCAAAACUUGGAUUGAAAUUUCGGGAUCUUCACCACGUGAUGUAGCUAAGCAACUUAAAGAACAAGGUAUGGUGAUUGUUGGGUAUCGUGAAUCAUCAAUGUACAAAGAAUUAAAACGUAUCAUUCCUAUUGCUGCUGCUUUUGGUGGUGCUUGUAUUGGAGCUUUAUCUGUUAGUGCCGAUCUACUUGGUGCUCUUGGAUCAGGUACAGGUAUAUUAUUAGCAACCACUAUCAUAUACUCGUAUUUUGAAAUGUUUGUCAAGGAACAAGCUGCUGAAGGAGGUCUUGAUGGAAUAUUAAAAUGUAAUUUAAUCAUAAAUUGA